CUUUGCAGGCCAAAUGACACAAUCAAUGAAAAGGAGGGCUUAGCAGCAAGUGCAUGCCUGUCGCUGGUUGUGCGGUUGCCGCGCGGCGCCUAUGACUGUACCGCCGUAUGGUAUAUGGCACAUAAUAUACUCGGGCAGACAUCAUGGAAGGUGCUAGCUUGUCAACCAUGUUUCAAAUCAUCGACGGGGAACGCUACAUAUUCUUUCGCGACCCAGACCAGGUGCGAGAGGCACUUCGGUUCCAGCCGCGGUCCGGAGACAUCGUCGAGGUGGCGUACCCGAAGUGCGGCAUGCAGUUGAUGCAGCAGAUGAUACAGCUCAUCGUACACGACGGGCACUGCGCGAAAGACUUACGCGAGUUCAGCUCGAGAGCGCCGUUUCUGGAGGACUGCGGCGGGAAGUGGCCGGGAGAGGAGCCUCCAACCCGGCUCUUCCGGACGCACAUCCGCCUGGGCAGGAUAGCCGUCGGCAUCGAUGCCAAGUACGUCUACGUUGCUCGUAAUCCGUGGGACGCCUGCUACUCCCAGUACGUCAUGAACCAGAAGAUGCCGCUUUGUCCGAUGCGGGAGACAUUCGACCAGUUUGUGAGUAUGUUUCUCGAAGGUGCUCUUACGAAUGGCUGCUAUUUUGAGCACGUUCUCUCUGGCUACGCGAGACGGAACGAGCCUAACGUCUUCUUCACGACCUACGAAAACAUGAUGCGUGACACGGCAACGACUGCGCUGGAAUUGGCUGAAUUUCUCGGAGGCAAGUACGCUGAAAGGUUGCAGAAGGACAACGGGCUCCUGGCCAACAUCGUACUACACUGUACGCCGGAGUUUCUGCGGACUAUUCUACAAAUGGAAACACGUCAAAUGGUUGCCAUGAUGUUUCGCAGCCCGGCACUAGCAGACUCCGCCCUAAAAAAGACGGACGUGGGAGACGAAACUUUCAACCUGGUGUGCCGCCCUGGAGUUGGAUCAUGGAAGGAGGCUUUCUCGCAAGAGCAACUGCAGAGAACCGUAGCCAAAAUCAAGGAUUGUGCGGGGAAAGACUUUGUGCCGGAGUUGUGGAAUUACGAGUGGCAGGAAGUUCUGCGCACAGCAUUAUAAAAAGCUGCGUGUUUAGAAUAAAUUGUGUACGAUUAAGAGCGCCAGGCGCAG